CGCCUCCCUAGGGAGGUGUUUAGGGCACGUCUGACCGGUAUGAGGCCACGGGGAAGACCCAGGACACGUUGGGAAGACUAUGUCUCCCGGCUGGCCUCGGGAUCCCCCGGGAAGAGCUGGAUGAAGUGGCUGGGGAGAGGGAAGUCUGGGCUUCCCUGCUUAGGCUGCUGCCCCCGCGACCCGACCUCGGAUAAGCGGAAGAAGAUGGAUGGAUGUUCAUGCACAAAUAUUGAUCAAGUGUUUGGAUGGUUUCAUUCAAUCAAUGUAUUCAGUGUGAUUCCACGUAAUAGUUUGAUAUUGACCAUCUCAUCUGUGCAUACAUUGUUAGAUUACCCCUAAGAGAGUUAGAUAUAUGGUAAUAAAGUACAUACUAGACUGUUUAGGUGUUGAAGUACCCUUUAAAAAGCUGAACUCAACCCCAAACGACAACUUCGUGAUUUAUUUUACUAAAAUAUACUAGAAUACUCUUAGGACAGGACACACGUGUCAAACUCAAGGCCCCCCAGAUCCUUUUUGGCAACCAAUCAGCGGUCUCUUCCAAGGUUUCUCUUUGUGCCCAUUGGGUCAAGUUUUUUCUUGCCCCGAUGUGGAAUCAGAGUCGACGAGGAUGUCGUUGUGGUUUGUGCAGCCCUUUGAAGCAUUUGUGAUUAAGGGCUCUAUAAGUCAACUUUGAUUGAUUAAUCGUAACAUCUUGCAGACAGACUCAAAAACAGGUUAUAAAAGCCACUUUGGAGCAAUAUUUACGCAAAAAUGACACCAAAGCAUACCCAAUACAUACUGUAUUAUCUAGAUCACAGGGAAGUGUUUCAAAUGUAGAAUAAUAUCAUCUUAGGGCCCCUUUAAGGAGCAUAUGGCCACUACCAAAAAAAUGGCCAGACCAAACACUCUUUCUAGUUUAAGUGGAUUACGCUGAGAAAAGCACUUAAUUAGAAAGCACAUAUGUAUGAAGGCCUAAAAGUGUGUCACCUGACCAGACUGUGAGCAGCAGGCGGCUGCUCACAGGGUUAACUGCUGAUUAAGGUCAAACUGGAGACGCACACACACACACACACAGAAAGAAACAGCCUAAGUAUUAUGAAUCAAUUCGUUGUCACCUCAUAGUGGACACAUUUUGUUAGGAGUCUGCAGAAUGUCAUGACUUUGUCAAAAAAGUAAACAUGGAACAAAAGUCAUUGGAGCUGCGGGUGUCAGUCUAUCCUCCUCUCUUGGCCGACGGUAUCUGCGGCUAAUCGUGUUCUUCGAAUCCACGGCUAAACAUGUGGACUUGGGCUGUUCGGAUCACAGAAAGAGGACAACGAGACACACAACUAACCAAGCCUUCAAGCAGGAAGUUUUAUUCGAGUCACUGCGGAUAUUUCACCGUUUCUUCAAUGUGGAUGUGCAAGAUUUAUCUGUAGAAGGAGUGUUCGCAAAAAGACUGAGGUGGGGCAAGCGAAAGUGUGGUGCUGAUGGACACCGAGUGCCAGGAAUGGAGUGAAAGUGAGGAAGGCUCCAACUCAGAGGAAGAGGAGACAACUUAUGGGGAAAGCUAUGCCAUCGAGCCAUGCUGCCACCCCCGGCUGGACACAGACAUUGAGACAGUGAGGAGUCUGUAUUCAGAUAGUGCCAUCUCUACCAGUGAAUAUCAAUCCGUUGAUGACGUGGACGUGGACUUGAACAUUAGAGCCAACAUUUUGGAUGAGGAGGUGGCCAAGGCUUGGAGCGUAGAUCCAACCGAGCCCAUCAUUGUGCGCCUUCACUUUUCGUUGUCUCAUUAUCUGGAUGGACCAGAACCCACAGUUGAAGUCUUUCAGCCAUCGAAUAGACAUCAUUUCAACCUUGGUAAAAAACUCCAGAGUGUUCUUGCAUCCUUCAUAUCUUGUGAGUGGAAACACCUGACCAAUGACACCAUGAUAGUUCAUCAGAAGAGAAAACACAGCUGGUUCAGGCCUGGCGGAACCAUGAAAAAAUUUCGUGCAAAACUCAGCAUCUGGCUGCCAUUGUCAAAAUCGAAAACACUCCAAAGCUGCAGCCUGAGGGGACGGAUUGUUUUGCCUGGCAUGAAAUUGAACCAUUUCACCAAUCACACAACUUCAUACAACAUUAAGAAUCCAUCGGGAGAACUUUUCACUCACACACCCAGUGGGAAGAGAGUGAUGGUCGCAGGAGUGAAAUCAUCACCUCACCUCAGCACCAAGCAGCUGAUAGAGCUGAUGUUCUUCUCUCAGGCCAUCAGACACUGUAAGACCUCCCCGACUCUGCAACAUGGCUUCUUGGUGCAGGUUAUGAAAUAUGCAGAGCAGAGGAUCUUAACAUUGAAUGAGUACUGCGUGGUUUGUGAUGAGAGGCAUGUUUUUCAGAAUGGCCCCAUGUUGAAGCCCGCAGUGUGCACCAGAGAACUCUGUUUGUUUUCCUAUCACACCAUGGGGGUUAUGUCAGGAGCCACGGAGGAGGUUGCCACCGGUGCAGAGGUGGUCGACCUGCUGGUGGCGAUGUGCAGGACAGCGCUACAGUCCUCGCGCAAGGAUAUCAUAUUUCAACCAUACCCGUCUGUUGUUGAUCCAAAGAACCCCAAAAUUCUGGCCUUUAGUCCGAAAAGAAAGAGCUAUGAGAGGCUAGAAAAAGCCUUAGACAGCGUCCUGUUAAUUCGGAGGAUGGCACAGGGUCCAUAUUCUGAAAUUAGAAAACAGAUGGACAGGAUAGACCCUCUUGCAGCUCCUUUACUACAGUGGAUUUUAUCGAGCAACAGAUCCUACAUUGUCAAGCUUCCAGCCAACAGGCAACUGCCGUUUAUGCACACGCCUCACCAGUUCCUGCUCAUCAGCAGCCCCCAAACCAAAGAGGCUUGCUUUCAAGCUGCCCGCAAGCUGUAUGGGAGCACCUUUGCUUUCCAUGGUUCCCACAUUGAAAACUGGCAUUCUAUUUUAAGAAAUGGACUUGUUAAUGCCUCAAAUACAAAGUUUCAGAUGCAUGGAGCUGCUUAUGGCAAAGGCAUCUAUUUAAGCCCGAUCUCAAGCAUAUCAUUUGGAUAUUCUGACAUGGGAAGGGGACAACACCAGGUACCAACCAAAGAGGAACUCCUGGGAAAAUAUAAUCGAAUAAACAAAGUCCAAAAGGAUCACCCUGGCAGGUUUCUGCACAGCAGGAACCUCAACUGUGUUGCACUUUGUGAAGUAAUAACAACAAAGGACCUUAAGAAACACGGUAACAUCUGGGUGUGCCCUAUACCUGACCACGUGUGCACCCGUUUCCUUUUUGUGUAUGAAAAUGGUUGCGUGGGAGAUGUGCACAUCAACACUCAGGACGCCAACAUUCAUAGCCAAAUUUUACACGUCACUGCAACCGAGCCAAGCUGAAAAAAUACCCUAAUUAUUUGGGUACAGGUACUCUACAUAUGCUAUAG